GACCCCAUUCCCAUUUCCGUCCUCAUCCCUGCAAUUCACAAGGACGAGGAUCCUCGCAAAAUUUUUUGAUCAUGGGUACUUUUACCUCCCGUCCCCGUUCCCUAUGGGGAAUGGGGAUCCCCAUUUCCCGUCAAAUAUCAAAUUCUAAUAUAUCUUUUAUAGAGCAGAUGGCUUUCGGUAGCAACAGAGCAGAAGGGUUCGUGAGCAAUAGUCAACUAAGUGAGCAGCAAUAGAGUAGAAAGGUUCGUGAACAGCAGAAGGACUCGUGAACAGCAGCAGAGUAGAGCAGAUUCGUGAGCAAUAGCAGAGCAAAGUAGAUUUGUGAGCAACAGACCAGAGGCAGAAACUAAGAUCUGAGAAGGUGAGAGUGAGAGUGAUUAGAAUGGAGAAAUGAAUUAGAGUUAGGAUU